UGAGAUUAACGAUAAAACGACGUUAAACGAGUGAGACUCAAAGCUAAAUGGGACAUUUGGAACGAUUUCCUAAAAUUCACUUAAAAAUAUAGUACUCAUUCGACUGUCUUCAUCUUUAUUUUGGCUAGUAAAUGUACGCCCAAUUAUCGAUACAUUCGCCGCCGUCAUCACUGACAGACCAGCUGAGGCGACGGACUCGACUGCCGGAAACUUUUAUGGACUUGGAAGGGAUUUGCCGCCAUGCAGAAGAAGCCGAUUAACACCAACACGCUGCUGGACAAGCUGCACCGCGGCGCGGUGUAUGCCUGCAUUGGAGUCACCCUGUACGGCACCUACAUCCUGGGAAUGCGCUACUACCACUACUGCACGGUCAUCCGACCGGAGAAGCAGCAGGCGGAGCUGAAGCUCCUGGACGAGGGAGCCCACGACAAGGCCAAGGAACUGAAGUACUAGGCGCGCCCUCCUCCGCCCCUUUAAUUGUUAAAUGUCUGUUAAGCGCAAUAAACUGUAAGGAAAUGUAAGCAUUUUCAGCUG